CCAUUGUAUAUGAUUUGUUUCCAUAAUUAAUAGACUGCAAUAAUCAAUACUCCUUUAUAAGUUAAAGGCCUUGAACAAUUCCAUUAUUGUGCUACUGUAAUUAGAUCAAAGAAGCUUAGGAGGCCAUUAAAAUCUAAGAUCAAGAUAUGGGUCGUGGAAAGCUAAACAUGGAACUGAUAAUGAAUGAGAAGUCUCGCAUGAUAACCUAUCACAAAAGAAAGAAGGGUUUGAUCAAGAAAAUGCAAGAGUUAAGCAUUCUUUGUGAUGUAGAUGCCUGCGUGAUCAUCCUAGGGCCAAAUUUAAAUAAUCGUCCGAUCGAUGUUGAGACCUGGCCUACUGAUCGCUAUGAUAUGAGGCGCAUUAUAAACAGAUUCCUAUCUAUGGGCAAUGAGCGAAGGAAAAACCAAGAUUUGUCUGGUUUUUUUGUUGCCCGCCAGAAGAAAUUGGAUGAUGAGAUUGCUAAACUGCGAAAGGCAUGUUUGAAAGCAAAGUUUCCGACGUGGGAUAAUCGCCUAAAUCUUUGGCAGUAUCAUGAACUCACUCUACUUGAUGGGGUUCUAGGUUCAAAGCUUGAAAUUGCAACUAGUAGGGUUUUGAAGAGUAAAGGUGACAAUUAUUUGAUGUUUGGUUCUAUUGAUGAAGGAGGCUCCAGCAAUAAUAAAAGUUUUAAAUCAAGUUCAAUGGCUUCAACUUUCGCUAACGCCUUGCGUCAAAAGAAUAUGGAGUUUGAGGUUCUUGAGCAGGAGCCAUUGUCUUUUGUGAAUCUAUCCCAUCAAACUCUCCCUCAGAUGCCUCCUUUUAAUCUUGAUUCUCUCAAUAGUCCGAUGUUGAUGAUGAUGAAGAUGACCAAUGGUGAGGGAAUCAGCCAAUUUGGCGGUGAGUGUAGCAGCAAGAGAUCUUGGUCUCCAUUUAAAGCCCCUACAAAUGCGAUGAUGAUGAAUAAUCCUGGGGAUCACCCAGUACGCUACUGGUCUAAGCAUGCAGCUGCCAGGGUUGACGAAUGUUUCUUCUCAAGCACAUAUUCCUCAAUUCUCUGAGUUCUGUGACAGUGGCACUAAUGAGUUUGAGAUGAGGGACAAAAAAAAAAAGACAGUGUUAGACAUGACUCUUGAAUAAUGAAGGCUAUAAUCUUGUAGUUUCUGGAAUUAAUUUUCUUUUCCUUUCUUUGGAUUUAUAUUCAGUAUUAUCUGGACUAAAUUAUGAUAUUUAGGCUUUGGAAAUUUUAAUUAA